GAUGUGAGUGAGGACUGCAUUGACUGUACAGUACUGUAGACUCACUACUCUAUUGAUUCAAUGCUAUCCAAUGUAUGACUGUAUUGAAUACUAUUGACUAUAACUCUACUGUAAAGUUGAUUAACAUUAAUGGUAUUGAAAUGAUUGAUACAAUCAAUGAUUGAUUGAUUGCUUUCUCUAUAAUUGCAGUGAUUAUUGACUCCGAGUUAUAGUUCAUUGAUUGUCGACUAACUGUCACUACAUUUGAUUGCAUAGACAUUGCUAUGAGUGUUGUCUUUGAUUAUUAUAAGUGAUAAACAAGUGGUCCAUUGAUCGGACCAAUUGGAUGGACACAUAAACAAACAAACAUUUUGACAACAAAUGUCUUCAACACAUGUCAUGACAGUUAAAGAUGUCAUUUGAGUGCAAAUAACUACAAAUAGUUUGCAUUAAUCAGUGGUUUAUUAAUAACUAUAAUAAAAGCAAUAAUUAAUAGAUUUGUUGUCAAUAAUUAGCGACAAAAUCUAUAGGAAUUCCUGUCGACGAUAACUACCAGUGCUUAACGUCAUUGAAAUAAUUGAUAUCAUUUACAGAACAUCCAUAUAAUAAACUAAUUAGUCAUUUAAUAGACUUAUAUUGAAGAUGUCUUUUUCCAAUCAGUCGAGUUUUAAGCCAUCGAAGAUGAAAACAAAACGCUUUCGUCCCAAACACCAAAAGGCAAAACUAUUUCGGGCGUCGGAACCGUUGUUAUCGGUGUUCAUGUGGGGCGUCAACCAUACGAUCCACGAGUUAACACAUGUGAACGUACCGGUCGUUUUAAUGCCCGAUGACUUUAAAGCGCACACCAAAGUUAAAGUGGACAACCAUUUGUUUAAUAAGGAGAAUAUGGCCUCACAUUUUAAAGUCAAAGAGUAUUGUCCACUAGUCUUUCAGAACCUGAGAGAGCGCUUCCAAAUUGAUGACACCGAUUAUGUCAACUCACUGACCAAAUACCAACCCUUUGCACAUAACGGUGGCGGCAAAUCUGGCGCCAAGUUUUACGAAUCAUACGAUCAUCUCUUUAUUCUGAAGACACUGACCAGCGAUGAGGUGGAGUCAAUGCACCACUUGUUAAAAGAAUAUCACCCUUAUAUUGUCGAAAGACACGGCAAGACAUUACUUCCUCAAUACUGUGGAAUGUAUCGGUUGACAGUUGAAGGCACCGAAACAUAUAUUGUUGUUAUGAGAAAUAUUUGCUCUUCUGGUCUAACAGUUCACCGUAAAUAUGAUCUCAAAGGUUCAACCGUUGAUCGCGAGGCCUCAGAGAAGGAACGAGGAAAAGGUAAUCCCAUUUUCAAAGAUAAUGAUUUCAUGCGCGAUGGCGUCCGUAUAUUUAUGAGUGAAGAACGCAAACGCAAGUUCUUGGAUAUGCUCGACGCGGACACAGCCUUCUUAUGCCACAAAAAUAUUAUGGAUUAUUCACUUUGUGUUGCCAUUCAUGAUAUGGAUAAGGCUGAACAAGAACUUAUGGAAUGUGCACCCAAUGAAAAACAUCAACAGUCAGCUGAAGAGGAUGAAGGCGAGUCCAGUGGUGGCGAUCAAGUGGCUGAACCACAUGCCGCUGUGCCAACGCCUCCUGAUUCUCCCGAAACUCACCACAAAGCAUCAGAUGCCAGUGAGAACGACCUGCCCCUCAGUGCCACUAUCGACCCCUCCCGAGAUAUUUAUGCUAUUCAGUCAAAUGCUGAGAGUACUAAACGUGAAAUAUAUUUCAUUGGUUUGGUGGAUGUGUUAACUCAGUUUGGUUUACGUAAACGUACGGCACAAGCGGCCAAAACGGUAAAACACGGACCAACUGCUGAGAUCUCAACCGUACAUCCGGAACAAUACGCCAAACGGUUCAAUGAAUUCAUUGCAAAAGCAAUUGAAUAGAUUUUUAAUCAAAUGAUGUCUUUUGAUAAUCGAUUUAAUUGUUGUAUUUAGUUAUAUAAUACGGUUGCAGACAUUUCGACAUUUGGCAAAAAUCAUAUAAUUCAAUACAAAACCUCAAUUUAGUCAUCAAAUUCACUGUAAAAUAGUGUUUGUAAUUUUGUCACACAAACACAAUCAUAACAUUUCAUUGCCUCAGUAUUAGAGCAACAAAUUUUAGUCAAUUGGUUAAAAUCAAUGUUUUUAUUUAAUUUAUAGUGUUUAUAUAUAUAUAUAUAUAUA